AUGUCUUCUAACACUAUCUAUUUCGUCUCUGGUGGAAACAGAGGAAUUGGCUUUGCUCUGGUCAAGAAGCUCUCUUCUCUUGCUAACUCGGUUGUUAUUACCACUGCUCGUUCUCCUGCCAAGGCUACUGAUCUUAAGGAUUGGCAAAAGGAGCAUUCCAAUGUCCAUGUUCUUAAGUACGAUGCUUCUGUUCACAAUGAUGCUACCGAGCUUGCUACUCAGAUUGAAAAGCUCACUGGUGGAAUUGAUGUUUUCGUUGCCAAUUCCGGUAUUUCUGAGGAGCCUAUGACUGUUCUUGAAACUCCUAUCGAGUCGUGGACUCGUUUAUACGCUAUUAAUACUCUCGGUCCCAUUGUUCUGUUCAAAGCUCUUUAUCCAUUGAUUGCCAAGCGCGACACUCGCAAGGUUGUGUUUAUCAGCAGUGGUCUCGGAUCCCAGAAGAACAUGUCUGAUGCUUUCGGUACUAGUUCUUAUGGUCAAUCCAAGUCGGCUCUCAAUUUCACUGCCAAAGAGUUGAGUCUUGAGCUCGCCAAGGAGAACUUCGUUGUUGUGCCUGUUCAUCCCGGUCUUGUUAAUACCGAGAUGGGCAGCGGAUAUGUUGAUAACCUUGGAAAGAACUCUGGCGAGUUUGCCGAUGUCCUCCGAGCCAAUGUUAUGAUCACCACCGAGCAGAGUGCCGACGGUAUUGCCAACGUUAUUGCUACUCUUUCAAAAGAGGACAGUGGAAAGUUCCUUGGCUACGACAGAUCUACCCUCGAGUGGUAA